GUACAUUGAGAGCAAGAGGAGUGCAGCGAGAGAGUCGACAGAGAGACGACAAGACAUCGCUGUCUCUCUCUCUCUCCCCUCCAAUUUAUGCAUGUCUUUGCUUUCUCUCUCUUUUCUUCCCCAAUAUAUGAGCACUUGUAAGUUGUAAUACCAUUUUCAGGCCACUGACUUCGUUCCCAGCUCUCAACAGUUUCGGGACUCCGACCCCCGAAAGUUCGGGUAACCCUUUUUCGCCCUACGGUCACAGCCCGUUCUUCAGUUUUCCAAUUCGCGUAAAUUUCUGCCACUUUCUCGGUAAAUAUUUGGUGGGAUUUUCCAGGAAAAUGUACUCGUCGUUGCAUUCCCUUCCGCUAGUUGAUACUAGUGUGGGGCUUGAUGGGGCGAACCUGGCGGAUGAUGGGUGCUUGGUGUUGACGACGGAUCCGAAACCCCGACUCCGGUGGACCACGGAGCUCCAUGAAAGAUUUGUCGAUGCUGUCACUCAGCUCGGUGGCCCUGAAAAAGCAACACCAAAGACAAUUAUGAGAACAAUGGGGGUAAAAGGCCUGACCCUUUAUCAUUUGAAGUCACAUCUCCAGAAAUACCGGUUGGGGAAGCAAUCUGGCAAGGAAUUCCUUGACAACUCGAAAGAUGUAUCUUGCACUGCAGAGAGUCAGGACACCGGUUCAUCUACAUCAUUGUCAUCAAGAAUGAUACCGCAAGAUUUAAAUGAUGGCUACCAGGUUGCUGAAGCUAUGCGAGUACAGAUGGAAGUCCAGCGAAGACUGCACGAGCAGCUAGAGGUUCAGCGUCAUCUCCAGCUUCGGAUUGAAGCGCAAGGCAAAUACCUGCAGUCAAUUCUUGAAAGAGCAUGUGUAGCUCUCGACAACCAGGCUGCAGCAUCUGGGGUUGAAGCCGCUAUGGAAGAGCUAUCUGAAAUGGCAAUCAAGGUCUCAAACGACUCGAAUGGGAUAGUAGCGGUUGAGACCAUAGGAAUGCCUUCAUUUCCCCUAGUCAAUGCAGCACCGGAAAACAGAAACGCUUCCUCCAUUCCUGCACGAAUUGGCGACUGCUCCGUUGACAGCUGUUUGACCUCAAAUGGAAGCUCGGCUUCUCUGGUUGGCGUGGUGGGUUCACAGGCUGCUGCUGUGAAAAAGAGACAAAGACCUUUGUUUGGUAAUGGAGACUUGUUACCUCUGGAGAGCAACUUGCGACAAGUCGAGUGGAUGAUGACAAGUAUUGGAUGAGUACUUAUCGUAUCUUAUUAAUCUAAAUAUGACCCGUCCACGUCGCUCACUUUAGCAUCAGUUGUUUGUAUAUUGUCAAGUAUAUCAUUUGAAUUUGGAAUACCUUAGUCAUUUUCGCACUUGAUGGUGCUUAGCAAAAUAUUACUUGUGAGUGGGUUGGUGGGUUGUUUCUUUCGCAAAUUUAACUUGUUUCUUGUGAGAAGCCAGCAAAUGCAGGACUCGAGUUGAUUCAGGUUCAAUGUGUUGUGUCAACAAGUACAUAUGGAUCAUCUCUUGCUGUACAAAUUCUAUACUCUAGAGAAUAUUAUGUUGUUGGCUUCAAAUUGUUGUCUUCAA